CGGACCAGAUCAAACAGCAGCAGGAGGAGACGUGCACACAGACCGCCGGCGGAACAGAUGACUACUCGAAAGUUUGACUUCUUUACAUUGGACACGACAGCGUUUUACGUCCAGCUAGAUUUUCUUCUUUUUUUUUGAACUUGUUUUACUGCUGGAAACUUUUGCACGGAGCUGACCGAGACCAAAUGUCCGAUGAAUACUCGCAGGGACAGUAGGCUAACGAUGAUAACACGACAUCCUGAACUACAAUAUUUGUACAGGCUAUUCCUGGUAAUGUAUCUGCAUGACUCAAUAACAUUUAUUGACAUGAUAUCUUAUAACAUGGCCACAUAGUGUGCGCGUUUUAUGGUUUUAUUUCACUAACAUCUGCUUAAACAGUUAUUUAUAGAGCACUUAAUUCAAGUGUCAAAUAUUACAAAUAUAACUCGGGUUUUCAGCCUUAAUACCUGACUUCAAACCGACGUCAAAACCCUCCUUUUCAUGCGGAACCCAUAAUUGGAGACCUCACCGUGCCAUCCACUUAACACGCGCCCUCGACUGGAGCAGUUAUGCAGCACGAGCGCCUGCUCAAAGUCUUGGUCAUCGGCGAUCUCGGAGUCGGUAAAACGUCCAUCAUUAAGCGCUACGUGCACCAGGUCUUCUCCCAGCAUUACCGCGCCACCAUCGGGGUGGACUUCGCCCUCAAGGUGCUUCACUGGGACCAGAGGACGGUGGUGCGGCUGCAGCUGUGGGACAUCGCCGGGCAGGAACGCUAUGGCAACAUGACCCGUGUGUACUACAGAGAGGCAGUAGGAGCCCUCGUCGUCUUCGACAUGACCAGACUGUCCACGUUUCAGGCCGUCCUCAAGUGGAAAGGAGACCUGGACUCAAAGGUCGCCCUUAGCAACGGGACACCAGUUCCAGCCGUUCUAUUGGGCAACAAGUGUGACCAGCGGAGAUUGUGCCCCAAGUUGCCCAAACUGGAGAACUUCUCCAGAGAGUACGGAUUCGUCGGCUGGUACGAAACAUCUGCCAAGGACAACACCAACAUUGAUGCAGCCAUCACAUGCUUGGUGAAGAGCAUCAUGACUAUGGAGGAUGAGAGAGCCUCGCGUGACGCCACCACCGCCGGCAGAAACGAACCGGAAGGCAGCGUUCUGGUUCUGCCUCACUUCGACUACAACACAAAGGAGAAGGGACUCAGUGGGUGUUCAGGGUGCCCCUCGCUUAAAUCCAGAGACAGAGAAACCGACUGAAGCAGGGAGGGGAGGACACUUCUGACCCUGCAGACUGGAAAGACAUUAAAGAGAUUUGUUAAAGGAUUAAUAUGUUGUAACUUAAAGAUGCCUCCCCUUCCUGACUCCUUGUUAUCCACAUGAAUGCAUUUCUUCAAAGACGUUAGAGGAAACAGUUUAAAGGUUCCCAGGCAUGAAAAUUGAGGUUGAGGUUUUAAAACAUUAAUGAGUUCUCCCAGUCUAUGGUCCCCCAGAGGCUAGAAAUGGCGAUAGGUGUAAACCGAGCCCUGGGUAUCCUGCUCUGCAUUUCAGAAAAUGAAAGCUUAUAUGGGAUGAUCUCUUAUCUUACCCCUUAUGAGGUCAUAAGGGGUAAAAUUCCAGAUCGGCCCAUCAUGAGACUGGGCUGGAGAAAAUCUCUUCUCAAAAGAAAAGUAAUACUGAAAUGUGCACAGCAACAUUUUUAGACUUGAGUCAGAUGAAUUUUACAAGAACAUUCUGUUUUAUAACAUGUUGAAAGUCAAUUCCUUAUAUAACCAUUUUUUGUGUGUAUUUUAUAAGUUCACAAUUAAUCUGUCACACGUCUUUUCCAUUUCUUGUCAGAACAUUUCAAAGGUCUUUUUUGCGCUUUGAUGCUGUUGUGGUACAAAAGACAUAUUUUUUUCAUCGGGCUUUGAAAGCAAGAAAAACAGCAUAUGUUUAAAUUUAAAAAGCCAAGAAAUCCUGUUCUAUCCACAACUGUUUUUAGAAUAUUUUAAUGAUAUGUCUAAUGUUUUGUCUCUCUCUGUCUGUCUCUCAGGGUGCUUUGUACGGUGGUGCUCAUAAGUUUAUGAACCCAUGCUAAAGUUGACUAAAAAAAUAAUUAAAAAAUAACUAUCUUUUGGAAAUUUAUCUUAAAGCCUUAAUUAAAAAAUAAAGGAAAAAAACAACCUUUAAGGACACCAAUUUUCACUGUGCAUAAAUAAUGUAUUUUAAAUUAAUAAAUGUUCUACCUUAAAAUACAGGAGGCCUAAGUAAACACAACACUAUGGGCGGGAAUUUGAUACUGCGGCUUUAGCAUGGAUUCAUAAACUUAUGAGCACCACUGUAAGCAGCUGCUUUAGUGAUUCUAGAUGUAUUGCUAUUUUAUGUGAGAUAAAUUUAAAGGGAGGGUUGAGGGAAUGCAUAUAAAUGUAAAAAAAAAACUCAUGAAGUGAAAUUUUCAUUCCAUGGGACCUUUAAAAUGUGUUGCUCAUGCAGGCCAUGCUAUUCCAGUGUUAGUUUAACCCUCUGAGAUCUAAGGGCAUUUUCACACAUCUUCUUAAAUUUAGCUUUUUAAAGUAUUUGCAUACAACUGAUCCCCAUGUGUUUCAUCUAGCAAUGUGCCAAUGAAACACAGAAGACUAGUCGAUGUAAACAUUGCUAUUUUUAAAGUAAGUAUUGGAUUUGUGUUUAUGAAAAAUGAAUUGCACUGUCUGUCAGGCAUCAAUGGUUUUCACAAUGUCUUGGAUGCCCUGCAAAGAACUGUAUUUGUCCACCAGAACACUCCACAGGAUACCUUUAAAAUGGUGAUGUUAGCAGCCAUUUCUUUUAGUUUUGUUGCUUUGUCUGUUUGUUUGUUUUUUGAAUUCUUUCACAUGCAUUAUUUGAUUUUCAGUUAAUCUAUUCUGAGUAUUGAGACGGACCGUCUUCAUUUAGUUUUCGCUGGAACACAGUUUUCAAGGGAAAUAUAAUUAUCUCAUUCUGUCAUGUUUCAAUCUCCUCAGUCGUCUAAAAACAGGAGCAACAGGUAGAAUGAAAAUCAUUCAAUCAGCUUCAUUAUGUUUUUUACUAUUUUAGCUCACCAUCUCUGCUCUCUGAAUGUGUUUGCCAGCUCCUACUUCUGUAUUGCUCUGUGGAUAAAAGCUUGAAAACUAACCCUAAUUAUAUAUGAGAUUGUCAAAAGUGUUUCUGUGUAUGUAGGUUCAGUGCGGUUCUGAACUUGCUGUUCGGCCUGAUGUAAUGCACUAUAAUUUUGCGCCCACCCAUGUGAAUAUAUUUCCAUUCACUGUGGCAGAAUAUGCAUUAUACCUACUCUUUCAGGAAAAAGUGUUCAUUUUUUUUUACCUUAUUCAUAACAGCAUGCAUUCACAGUCCAACCUCUGAAAAUUGUCACUUUAAGUGUGCUGUAAAUGCUUUGCAGGAAAGUAAUGAAAGUUGGGAGAAAGGACUACUGGUAAAAUUACUUAAGUUUGUGAUGAAAACACAGAUGGCAAAAUCCUCCACAUCCCCACCAGACCUCUCAUUAGAGUACUUAAAGUCAGCACUGACAGUGACAAGAUGGCCCUCCUGGGGUGUGCAAUUAUUUUACAAUAAAUUGCAAAACUAUCUUUUUAUAUUGACCCUUUCAUCUCCUUCCUGAAAGACAGUAUUUCUUUAAUGGCAUCUUUAUCAGCUCACAGAAAUGUAAAUUCCAACAAACAGAGGAAUUGAAGCGUUU